CUUCCAGCACUUCUGUGUGUUCUGCCCUUGCUGCGACCAGGGCGACGCGAUGGAGGUGUGCUUGGAGCGCGUACUGGGAAGAACGAGUGUUCGUGGCCUCGCCACCCAUCCCACCGAGGGCUAUGUGGCCACCCUUGCCGGCGCGGUGGUGGUGGUCACUGAGCCGGGUUCCGGCCACCAGGUCGCAUACCUCAAGACGCCCGACAACACAGCGCUUGCUUCGGUGGCAUGGUCAAGCGAUGGCGAGCGGAUUGCGGCGGCGGAGAAGCCACGAAUGCGGAAGAGACGUCGUGCGGGUUCCAGGAAGAACAUGCCGGACAUGCCUCGCAUCGUGAUCUGGGACUGGGCCUCGGGCGAGGUUGAGGCCAUCAUCGAUCCUCGGGCAGCGGAGGUGACUGCCAUCUGCUGGUCGCCGACCCAUCCGAUUCUGGCCACGCUGACCUCGGUCAAGCGAGUCACGCGCAUUGCCCUCCUCGACGUCCCCUCGGGUCGCGUCCUGUCACAGGCGGCCGUCCCGGCGGCCAUCCACAGUCUCGCCUGGUCGCCGGAUGGCGAGUCGCUUUUCUCCUUUGGCGAGCGCCAUUGCAUGCGAUGGGCGUACUCGGGAGGUAACAAGAUGGCUGGAAAGAGCUUGACGCUUGGCGCGCUGCGGGGAAAGACGUUUGUGGCCGGCGUCAUGCUGGCGAGCGACGAGGUGGCGGCAGCGGGCGCGGCCAAGGGUGCACUCUACGCGCUCUCGUCGGAUGGUGUGCUCGCGCUACUCUCGCUCACUCGGUUGGCGCUCGACAAGUGGGUUGAUCUCAAGACAAGCCACGCGUUUGGCAUGGCGGCGACGCCGUGCGGCUCACUGCUGACGGUGGCGUGCUCUGACGGCGUUCUCCGCGCCUUUGACGCUUCGACGCUCAAGUACGUCGCGACGCUGCCGCGGCCACAUCCGAUCUCACCGGCGCUCAACGUUGCCGCCAGCGCCGAGCCGUACCCGGAAAAACCGCUGGACAACGUGGUGUACCCGGACGCGACGGCGGUGAGUUGCGCGCUUGCCCGCAGCGGUGCCACCCUCCUUGCGGUAGUGUACUCGGACACGUCGACGUACGUGUGGGACAUUUCGCGGCCGGGUGCGGUGGUCAAAGCCUACUCUGAGCUGGGACACGCAGCCGGGGUAUGGGACGCGGUCGCACUGCCAGGUCUCGGCGCCUCCGUCUUUGCCACGGCCUCAUCAGACAACACCAUCAGGGUGUGGGAGAUUGGGCACGGGGCGUCGGCGUACUCACCGGAUCUGCGGCAUGUGGUGUUUGUCAACGACGGUCACACUCAGCUGAUGGGCGCGUCAGUCUCGACGUGUGGCGUCCUCACCGACACAGUCCCGCACUACAACGAGGGCGUCCGGGCACUUGCUCUCUCGCUAGACGGGCGCUCGUUGGCGUCGGGCGACCGCAUCGGAAACGUGCGCGUCCACGACUUGGCGAGCCUCGAGGAGCUGGUUUAUCUCGAAGCUCACGACGGCGAUGUGCUGGCGCUGGCGUAUGGGACCGUGGGAUCGCGCCCAGUGCUGGCGUCGACGUCGCGCGACGGGCUGGUGCACGUCCUCGACGCGUCGAAAGCCGAGUACACGCUGGCGGCGACGCUGGACGACCACGGGGCGGCGGUGAACGCGCUUGUUUUUGCCGCACCAGCGGCGCUGGUCUCGGCCGGCGCCGACGGCUCGGUCCUUGCCCGCGAUCUCGAGGCGAGCGAGGACGGGGUGAAGGUUGGCGGCGCUCCUCGGCGGCUGGGCGAGCCGGGUAAGGUCUACGACCUGGCGCUUGAUCCCAAGGGCGACAAGGUGCUGACGGUAGGCGAGGCCAAGGGCAUGGCCCUGGUCGAGGUGGAGUCCGGGACGACACUGCGACGGUACACCUCGGGCGGAGUCGGUAUUGCGCUCGCUAACGAUCCGUCGGGCCUCUUUACCGCCACCUGCGAGCUCUCGCGGUGCCUGCGGAUCGUGGACUUUUUCUCUGGCGACGUUGUUGCUGAAGCAUGGGGUCACGCCGACCUCAUCACCUCUGCGGCCUUUCUCCCUGAUCGCGAGCGGCUGGUCUCAACCGGUGCCGACGGCACGGUCUUUGUCUGGCACCUCCCGCCGGCGCUCACGGAGGCGAUGGCGGAGCGAGAGGCCGAGCUGGAGAACCUUACGACGUCACCGGGCUCGAGUGCGCCUACGACGCCGGCCAAGCCACGCACGCCGACCCGACCCGUGCCCGCGAGUCCCGACGACAACGUUCCGGCGACGCCGUCACCGGCGCCUGCGGAGCCUGCCAUCCACCCGCACCCGGUCAUCGACUCGCUGGAGAAGCGCGAGUCGCUGCGCAAGUCGACGCUCCGGGAGCUGAACGCGCGAAACCCGUCGGCGUCACCGCCGACUGAACCAGCAUCGGGGCUGUCUCCGCCAGCGCUUGUGGCCGAGCCUGCGACGCCAAGUCGACCCGUGGGCGCGGUCCCGCCGCCAAAGUUGGUGGGCGACUCGCCGUUUGGCAUCCGCCGGCUGCACACCGACGACGAGCCGCUGCCGGGCGUGCUCCGUAAGUCUGGGCUUGUGCUCGACGGGCCACCGAGUUUUACGCCUACCAAGCUCGACGUGGUGGCAGUGCAGCCCCAGGAGGUUGCCCAGCUCGAAGACGUCGAGGUGUUGAUGGGCUCGAUCUCGUCCGACUCUGCCGCUGGGGCCGAGGAAGUCGAGUCGGCGAGCGACGAUGGCGGCUCGGAGGAGUUUACAUCGGGUGCGCAGUUUGCGGCGUUCCUAUCGGGCUCGAGCGGGCCGGGCAUGCCGGCGGUCAACCCUGCACGGUUGUCGCUGUCGACGCGACAUGUGGCGGGCAAGGGCACCAGCGCAGCCUCCGGGCUGGUGAGCGCGGCAGCGAUGGCGGCUCAGCUGCCGCCCAAGCCUGCCGCUGACGUCUCGCUCAUCCGCGAGCGCGAGAAGCUCAAGUCGCAGAAGCGGCAGCAGCACCUGGCUGAAGUGGAGAAGAUGCGGGCUCGGCUGGCGGAGCUCGGGAUGCUCAUUUCCAAGUCUGCAGCGUCGACGGCAUCUGCGAGCUCGACCCCGGCGUCCGAAGUAGCGACCGACGACGGUCUGGACUCAGUUGUGGUGUCAGAAGGCUCGGCGGCUUCGUCGCCUGCGUCUGAAGUGGCGACCGAGGUGGCGACCGAUGACGAGGCGGACGUUGCCAAGGAAGUCGAGGUGGACGAGGAGGCGGCGGACGAGUCGGACGGCUCGUCGGCGUUUUUCUCUCCCAAGGGCGAUUUGGAGCGCGAUUCCCCGCUGGAGGGCACGCCCAAGCAGGGCAGCGGCAAACAUGUCUCUGUGGAGGCGCUCCAUGUGCCUGUGGCGGUUGCGCCGCCGAUCUCGUGCGUCUCGCCGGUGGUUCCAGCGGAUGGCUCCGGGGUGGCCAUGGGCGAGGUCGCCGCGGCCGGCAAGCGGGCCGAGCUGGAACUGGCACCACUGAGCGUGCUCACGACUGGCCCGCCGAGCUCGCCGACCCCGUUGCAAGCGGUGAAUUCGUCGCCGUCGCCGUCGCCACCGCCGUUGCACGCGGCUGCGGCCGAGUUGACGACGCCGCCGCCGUCUCCGCCACCGACGCGAGGCGGGGCAAGUCGACUCGAGGUGCGGGCGAGCCAGGCGGCAGCAGCGCUCAGCGAGGCAGUGGCAGCAGCACUUGCGGUGCAGGCCGAGCUGGCGGCGGCCGGGCAGGCGAGCAGCGAGCUGGAUGCGAGCGUGGUUCGGGCGUCGCAGUCGCUCGGCGGCGGACUGGUGCCCGAGGCGGCGAUGACAGCGCUGCUCGCCACGUACUCUGAGAAGCUGUUGGCUGCGGUUGGCAGGAGGACGGCGGGCGCUUCCAACGCGUUUAGUGAGAGUGAUCAAUGA